UAGCUAACAUGUUCCCUCCUGGUGUUUUUUUCUUUUUUUUUGGGUGUGGUGCCCUGGUUUGUGUUUGGCAGGGCAGUUCAAUGAUUACCUGUGUUGAUACAGCAAUGGGCUGAGCAGAAUGAGAACUAGAAUAUGUAUCAUCAGGAAACUACCGCUCCAAUUCAAUGUCUCUUCUGCUUAAUAAAAGCAAACAUACCCAUAAUCUAUUGUUAUUCAUAAAGGUUAUCUAUGUGUAAACAAAGGGUUAUAUUUACAGAAUACAAACAAUUCAUUCAAACUGAUAUUGGAUUAUACUGUAGUCCUAAAUCUAAACUAAUCAGGUUCUUGCUGAGUAUUUAAAUUUAAACACACUAUAGAGGUAUAGCAUGACUUCCUUGGCUACCCGACUAUACCAUGACUGAACAGUCAUCUAUAACCCUACACAUUUAAAUGAGCGAGGAGCAAAUAUGUCGUUUACACUCAACCGUAUUAACAUGUCACUUAACCCUUCAUUUCGUCUUGUAUAUUUGUAAAUGCAGAAGAAAAGUACAAGACAGCUGUCUCUGUUCUUGUCAAUGUCUCAGUUCAUGCGUACGUGUGAGCGCAGCUGUUGUCAGGCCAUCUUUGAGUUAAAAGAGGAAAGGAGAAAAAAAGAUGCAUGUGGCGCGGAAAUCCCCUGCAGUACGCCAAAAUCCAAGGCAACAAAUAGAGUCUGCAGCAGUCAGUCACACUCCGGUUUUAAUGGCCCCACCCAACCUGAAAUUGCUCCAUUUGAUGAUAAUUGUGAGGUAUUAAGAGAUAACUUCAGUAGCACAUUGGUAAAAUGCAGCCAAUGUCACACAUACAAUUUUGAAAUACCCUUUUGACAGUUGGGGGAAGUUUGUGCUGCGGUGCUGUUCAGAGCAGCUUGCAUUAAAUAAUUUGAAGUUCACAUAUUUCAAAACGAUUGCCUCCUCAGAGAGCGUUAUGGGUGUUACUUUAGCCUUUGACUUUUUUUUAUCGGCAGUCUCCAUGAUUAUAGUGGCAUCACGAUGUGACCGUGAAAACAAGCCACUUACUGAGCUGCAUAUAUUGUACUGUAUAUACAAGUCAGUGUGUUUUAGAGGUCAUCUGUACAUUUUUUUGUGAAUGCUGCUCUCUUCAUGUCGUUGUGUGAUAUUUUUGUGGCCUCCUCUAUUCAUUGAGUUUUGUUGAAAUGCUGUGGUGUGCAUGCUGCAAGCUACCGUACAAGAUUAACUAAAUGCAUUCAGUCUUUUUCAUGUGUAGUGUUACUCAAUGAAGGCAGGCCACACAGUUGGACAAACACCAGGUUGUGUUCAGGCUCAGCGUACAGUAUCAGUCCAUUUUAUGGGAAUUCCCCAACCUCACAUUGAUUGCUUCCCCCCCGUUCACCAGUUUCCUUAAAAAGCGCUUCUCUCCGACACAAGCUGAAUGUGUGGGUGAGUUGUUGUUUAUUUGUUUUAAAAUUUGAGGUGUAUUGUAACGGAGCAUAUUAGAUUUAUUAUCAGUAUUUUGUGGAAUCAUCUUGUCUUGUUUUGUUAUUUUAUUCAAGGCAGGUUGAAUAACUUGUAUGUUGUCACUGAAACAGCCGUUAUUGUUCUGUGUUUGGAACAUGUAACAUAAUGAAAGGAUUAAUAUCUGCACUAUAUACGAGAAAAGAAAUUCUGUGAGCUCUAUAAUUGUAUGUCCUGGGGGGUACUUGCUUGCUUAAGGAAAUACGUUGCUGGUAGAUAUGAUUUUGUAAUUCAUUACAACACGAAUAUUGAUGUCAAAUCCAUUUUAAGAACAAAACAACACCAUUUUUUAAACUUAAAUAUAAAACAUAUUCUUUAUUGGUAUUAUUAUUUAUACAUAAGCUUGAGAACAAUGUACUUAUCAACCUCUGGUUUCUUGGUCAUAGUUUUGAUUUUCAAUAAAACUUGAUAUGAAGAGCCUGUUGGAGUUAACAUUGAAGCCUAUUUAGUUCCAGUGCACGUCCUCCACAUUUUUUGCAUCGUGAUAGAGACUCUUCAGCUAUGCCCCUGGUCUAAGGCCUCGAGAGGACAGCCGGAGUCACUAGUCGGCUAACAAAAGGAUAUUUUGUUUUAAGCAGCACAGCGAUAAUGACUAUCAGCUGCUGAUUCCUGAUCUUGGAGAUUGGAAACUGGACCGUCCUCGUGUCUCAGCAGGGUGGGGUGCAUACUCUGUACUUGUUACACUGUGGGCUUUGACGAUUACCCCUUUCCACUGUCUUUGUGCAAUGAGGAAAAAUGCUUUAAAAUAUUGUACGGAAAAAGUAGGUGGGAGGAGAAAACAAAGUGUACAUUUUGUUACCCAGGAGGACUAAGAGAUCGGUGACAUUUCCUGUGUCCUCUGGCUUUUGUUUUUGUGCACCAGCCUGUUUAUUAUUCCAUCAGCCGGUGAUGGAAACAUUGUGCCCCUAUUAACAAGGACAAGGUGUUCGGUGGCACGCCCUGCGAACUGUAUGUUUGUUUUUUCUUGUGGCCGGCUGACAGCUCUCCAGUGUUUUCUGGCCAAUGGGACGCUGCUGGUCGACAUACCAUAUGGUCUAAAAUCAUAUUGUCUGUCCUUUUGUUAAUGAAUGUGGUUUUAAGCUGCAUUUGAAGGUAUCUAUUUUACUUUAUUAUCUAAACUAUUACUAAACUGGUUUCUCUAUUACAGCAGUUUUCACAGUAGUUGUUCCUUAGUAUGGUGUACACCCUCAAUGUGCACUUUUUUUUCGUUUUGUGUAAUAAUGUAAUAUUAAUCGUGGCCACAUAAAUAGAAAAACAAGGGUGUGAUUCCGAUUAGUUUCGAUUAAUUUAUCAUGAAUCAUGUCACGUGUAAUGCAACACAAUUUGGAAACUAGGUGUUUCCUGUGUUAACACAACACGCUUUCCGAUAAGACCUCCAAGGCUGAUGCUCUAAAGUCUAAAAUUAUAUGGAGGGUGUUUGUCUUAAGUCUCUGUGUUGUCAAGCAGUGGCAUAUUUUACUUGUGAUUCAUAGACUUUGUGGUAGUUAAAGUGAUCAUUUUAACCCAUUACAGAAUAUUAGAAAUGAACAAUACUUGGUUGGGAUUACCAAGUACCCUUGUAUGGGUCAGUCUAAUUGUAAAUGAUCACAAGAUGAAAUGCAUCAGAAGUAGUUUGUGCUUCCAGUUAACUGAAGAAUGAUCUUUGUAACUCUCUCGGGAAUAAAUAUGACCACAGAUUACCUGUUUGUUUAUUCCCACAAGAUGUCACUAUUGCUCUAAAUCAUUAAUCUCUGUCAGGGGCCUGAAAUAAAGUUCAAAGAACUGUGGCACAGUGAUCCUCAACAAACACCUCUUUACAUGUAACAUUUAAAAUAUAUUGCAUUUGACUUCAAGAUCAGGAAAACAUUACAUUUAAACUUCACUGUGGUAUUAUUUUACAGUAACCACAUUUGACAUGUCACAGUCAGAGCUGAAAGGAUUCCUUCAUUAUUAGUCGAUUGACAUACAACUAAUCAACAACUAUUUUCAUAAUUGACAUAUUGUUUAACUCUUUUUCUGUUGCUCAAAUAUGAAUACAUAGCGUAUUGCUGUGUGUUGUGCAUUACUUCUAUAAACUGAGUGUGUUAAAGUUUUUGGACUGUUUGUUGUACAAAGCAACCAGUUUGAAUAGUCAAAUUGAGCUUCAUGGGCAUAUUUUUAACUAUUCUUUAUUUUAUUUAAUAGACUGAAAAACGAAUUGAUAAAGAAAAAUAAUCGUCAGAUUAAUCAUUAAUGAAAAUAAUAGUGUGUUGCACUAAUCAUAAUAUGAAUAUCUUAUGUCUCACAGCAGCUUUCAUACCAGAUAUUUCUUGUUAUCCUAUAGUUUGGACGUAUAAAAUUCAGUGUAACUUGAACAAGCCUUAUUGCCCUUCUGGUUCAAAGGAAAUGUGUGAUGCAAUAACAGAAACCCCCACCAGCCCCUUCUCUAAAUUUAUCAAUGAAGAAACAAGUAAUUCUGUGAAAAUGGUUGGGUUUGUCCCCGGAAUAUAAAACGUGAAUUACAAGAGGUAAAAAAAAAGAAUAAGAAGCUGCUUAAUAAAAAUAAUUAUGACUCAAGAGAAAAAUCGGUCUGGUUUUGAUUUUUACUCACCCGUGCCAUUGUGUCAUAUGAGCCAUUCUUGCUAUAUAUUAUUAUUAUCAUUAUUCAUGAACAUAUUUAAAAGUCCACCAUGUGUCAUUCUGGUGAAAACUUCUUCCAAACUCAUAUGAAAAUGUGAAGCAUUUUGCUCCAGUGUUUACAUUACGGCCAGCGGCUCCCGUUGGUGUCCCGCUGACAGAGCGCUGUGUCCUGAUUGGUCCGCUGGGCUGUCAAUCAGUCGUUGUUUACAUCAAACGAGGUGGAAAUUCCCGGGUUACAGCAUAGACCAGUAGACCACUUCCGCAAUAGAUGGCUGGGCUAGGGAGACGAGAGGCCACUGCGAACUGAAAGUGUUUGUAAUAGUGCUACAGUACACGUUGUGGUUCAAGGGGGUUUCUAGUGUAGUUCAGAGAACCAUGUCUAGGAAGUGAGCGACGGCGAUGGAAGGGAAAGGCCCGUACCGCAUCUAUGAUCCAGGUGGGAGUGAGGUCAAGGCCAGGGACGAGGCCGGAGGGGGAAGCAGCUACAGACAGCUACUGGAGGAGAACAGCAUACUGAGGGAGCGGAUGAAGGGACUUAAAAGCUUAGGUGAUUUGCUGGAAGAGUCUCAAUCGGAGGCAUCAAAGCUUCGGCAGCGAGUGGAGGAACUGGUGAGAGACAACGAGGCCCUCAAGUCCUCCAGCUUUGCCGCCAGUCUGUGUAUGGGGGGGCCCAUUCAGACUGAGACACAAAGUAGGCCUCACAUACUUGAUGGUAAACACUGUUUACACCCCACUGCAGAGCAGAAGGAGGAGCAAACGAGCUGUUUAGGGAAGGCCCUUCAUUCUGAGAAGCCCAUUGAGGCCUCAGAGUUUGAGGUCGUGAAUGUAGAUGGGAAGACUUCUGCCGCCUUGAUCGCCGGGUCAGUGGCCGGAGUAAUCCCCGUCCUGCCUCAGGAGAACAUCGAGCUAACCAGCCAGCUGAAGAGACUACAGAGCUCCUUCAGCAUAUUCGCAGAGGAGUCCAACCCCAACCAGCUGUUGGCUCACCUCGGUCGCAUGGCCGUGGAGUUUCACCACCUUUCCUCUAAGGUCCAAAAGAAUGAACAGAGGACUUCCCUCCUACAGACUCUCUGUGAGCAGCUCAGACAGGAGAACAAUGAGCUUCGGAAGAAAAUGGAAGAGGAUCAUCAUAUCAGGAAUCAAGACUUGGAACAGCUGAGGCAGGAGAAUCUAAAACUCAAGGAGGUGGUCGUCACGGGAGCAGCAGCAGCAGCAGCCGCAGCCGCAGCAGCGUCAUCUGACACCGAAGCUCCAGAGGCCAAAGAGGAGCCUGUGAAGGAGGAAUCGGCUGCUGUGAGACCCAAGAUGGAGGCCACUACACCGCAGAAGAGUGGAAAAGCUGCAGAGAAAACCCCGACUAAACCGUGUGAUGCCGAGGUGUAUGAAAAGAAGAUCAAGCUUUUGGAGAAGCAGAGAAAGGAUGUACUGGAGGUGAACAAGCAGUGGGACAUUCAGUGGAACUCCAUGAAGUCACAGUUUGAACAGAAGGUACAGUGAUGACUUUACAGCUGUUGUGAUUGGUGUGGGAAGACAUCGCUGCGUCCUCGACUGAGGAAGGAGGAUUAAUAACUAUGACAAACAUUUUCAUUUUGAAAUCUCGAUUUUUAAAUAAAGUAAAACACUUAAUUUCAAUCCAGUCUUCCAGACUGGUUUUUAUUUGUUUUAAAGUUUUAGGAUAUUUCAAAAACAACUUUAACGUGCCAGGCUUCUUUUUUAGAUUCAAAACAAAGCACUUAGAAAUGGUACAAAAAUGUCUCCAUGUUUAUUUAGUACAUGGAGUAUUCAUCUUGCAUUUUCCAUAAAACUGUCCUCAUUCAAUAUAAAUAAUGUAUGUGCUCAGAACGGAGAGCCCGUUUUUCUUUUGCUCUAGAUUCAAACUGAACUCGACUCAACAUGUUUUGCUGUUACGCCAGUGGAAUUAUAGAUAAUACCUAUUUUUCCAUUACCAUUAAAAGUUGACUUGCUUUUGAAAUGACAGAUGGCAGGGAUUUUGUAAUUCGGAAAUAUCUUAAAGGAACGGAGGACUCUGACGUUCGUGUGCAUCAGUUGGCA